CAUGGCGGAGAAAACCACCAUCGCCCCUAACUCCACCACCAACAGUUAUACUUGCAUUGAAAACAGCAACAAUAACGGGGUUAUGAGGAAUGGGCAGUUGGAGACGAGCAAAGCGGAGAGACACGUCUGGCUAAUGAAAUGCCCUCCCCUCGUUUCUCGUUCUUUGAACCAACAUCAUCCUCAUCCUCAUGACUACUCUUCUUCUUCUUCCUCUUCUACCACUUCGUCAUCGUUGUCAUUUUCGUCUUCUUCUGAUGGGCCUAUUGCUAAAGUCGUCGUCGCCGUCGACCCUUUACUCCCCAACGACGACUUCUCUUCUACUCAGUUCACUAUGGAAUUGGCUGGCGCGGAAUCUGGAAACAUUCCCAAGUGCUAUUCCAUGGACAUGUCAACGGAUUUUAUUCCAAUGUCUGUAUUCUCCGAGUCAGCUCAAGGAAAGGUUUCUGUGGAAGGGAAAAUCUAUCACAAAUUUGACAUGAAGCCUCACGGUAAAACCAUUGAGGACUAUGGAAAAUUAUGCCGUGAGAGGACAACCAAAUACAUGACAAAAACUAGACAGAUACAGGUUAUUGACGAUGAUAGUGGUCAGCAUUUAAGGCCUAUGCCUGGAUUGUUUGGUCUAAAGGCUUCAGGACCUCAAGAGAAGAGGAAAAUGCCAGUUAAGAGUUCAGAGUUGAAAAGAACAAGAAGGGACCGUAAUGAAAUGGAAGAGAUCAUGUUCAAGCUCUUUGAAAGGCAACCAAAUUGGACACUAAAACAACUUGUUCAGGAAACAGACCAACCAGAGCAAUUUCUGAAAGACAUGCUUAAACUUCUCUGCGUAUAUAAUAACAAGGGAUCAAAUCAAGGCACUUAUGAGCUGAAGCCCGAGUACAAGAAAUCUGAAGAUGAGCCGAACUCCAAGUAGUGUGCAGGAUAUAUGAUUUUUGAAGAUGAGCGGAACUCCCAAGUAUAUGAUUUUUGUUUCGCCUUACCGGCCUUCUUUGCUUCUUGCUUCACCUUGUGAUUCUGUAAAUAAUUAGAUACAGUCUGCGGUUUAUGAUUGACAAGAAAGCAUUGCCUUUCUGUUGAUAAAUUAUCCAUCAUUUUGAAGUUUUUAUUA